AUACAACCAUCCUUUCUUCCGGUGCGCAAUAUCCGCAUUAUAUCUUCGCCUAGGAAAGUUCAGGAACUUUCCAUCGAAAAAGUCAUCAAUUCCAGCCGAGUUGUCGACUAAGAACAUAUACUAUUCGCUGAAAACCAUAAGAAACGAUUGUAAGUUGUUAAAGGUUUACUUUAAAAGUCAUAAUUCCAUAUAUUUUGCCUUUUAAAACUGAAUUUAAAAAAAGCGUGAUUCUUCAGUAACGAAAUAUAAUGGUGAAAGAAACAAGAUAUUAUGAAGUUUUAGGGGUUAACCCCACAGCUGGUGCAGAUGAACUUAAGAGAGCUUAUAGAAAAUUAGCUUUAAAAUACCAUCCUGACAAAAACCCAGAAGAACCCGAAAAAUUUAAAUUGAUAAGCCAAGCCUAUGAAGUUUUGGCUGAUCCUAAGAAACGUGAAAUUUAUGACAAAUACGGCGAACAAGGUCUUAAAGAAGGAGCUGGUGGUGGCGGAUUCUCAUUCUCUUCACCUAUGGACAUUUUCGACAUGUUCUUUGGUGGUGGUGGAGGUAUGGGUAGAGGCAGACGAGGACCACAAAAAGGUAAAGAUGUUUGUCACCAAAUGAAAGUCAGCUUGGAAGAUUUGUACAAUGGGGCCGUUAGGAAACUAGCACUGCAAAAAAAUGUUAUUUGUCCAAAAUGCGACGGAGAAGGUGGUAAAAAAGGAGCUGUUCAAUCAUGCUCGAACUGUAAAGGAACUGGAAUGCAGGUACGUAUACAUCAACUUGCUCCAGGCAUGGUUCAACAAAUACAGUCGGUCUGUUCUGAUUGCAAUGGCGAAGGAGAAAGAAUCAAUCCAAGAGAUAGAUGUAAAAAUUGCUCAGGCAAAAAAACUGUUAGGGAAAGAAAAAUUUUAGAGGUACACGUUGAUAAGGGAAUGCAAGAUGGCCAACAAAUCCGUUUUGGAGGAGAAGGCGAUCAAGUACCUGGUCUAGAACCUGGAGAUAUUCUUAUAGUGCUGGAUGAAAAAGAGCAUGAGACGUUUAAGCGCAAAAAUAUGGACCUGAUUAUGAACAUGGAAAUAGGAAUUACUGAAGCCCUUUGUGGAUUUCAAAGAGUUAUUAAAACCUUAGAUGAUCGUAAUAUCGUCAUCCAAUCAAUACCCGGAGAAGUUAUCCGUCAUUCUGACAUAAAAUGCAUACCAGGAGAGGGAAUGCCAAGACACCGAAAUCCUUUCGAAAAAGGUCGUCUCAUCAUACAGUUCAGUGUUACCUUCCCGGAUAACAGCUGGAUUUCUUUGGAUAGGUUGAAAGAAUUGGAAAAACUACUACCUCCUAGGGAGGCUGUUACUGUUCCAAUUGACGCUGAGGAAUGCAAUUUAAUGCCUUUUGACGUACGACAUGAUAAACCUGGACAAAGUAGCAAUGCUUAUGAUUCUGAUGAGGACGAAAUGGGUGGUGGACAUGGACCAAAGGUUGCAUGCGCUUCGCAGUAG